CUGUAGGUGUGGAUUGAUUUUAUUUUUCAAUAGAGAUAUUCCAGUAGAAAGUAGUUGGCUAAUUUAAGUUUGAAAAGUAGGAAAUUCUGCAGCCGGGUUAAUGGCGGGUAGUUUGGCGCAGUUGGUCGCCUCGCCGGCGGACCUGGUGAAGGUGCAGAUGCAGGCUGAAGGUCGACGGGUGCUACAGGGCCUCCCGCCACGGUGCACCAACCUCAAGCAGGCGUACGCUAAGAUCUAUACGGAAAGUGGUCUGCUUGGUUUCUUUAGAGGAUCGUUGCCAAAUAUGCAAAGGGCGGCACUAGUCAACAUGGGGGAUCUAGCAGCCUACGACUAUACUAAGAAGCUGUUAAUAAACGAUUUUGGGAUGCCAGACAGUACUUCAGUACAUGCGUGUGCGGCACUUAUUGCCGGCUUAACAGCUGCCAUUCUGGGCACUCCAGCGGACUUGAUUAAAACGAGGCUUAUGAACCAACCCGUUGGACCCAAUGGCAGGGGCUUACGUUACGCGGGCAUGGUAGACUGCUUUCGGCAGUCCGUGAAGAACGAAGGUAUAUUAUCCCUAUAUAACGGAUUUAUCCCAAAUUGGUUGCGAAUGGGCCCGUGGGCGCUGAUCAACUGGGUGGUGUUCGAGAACAUUAUGAUUGCUGUAGGGGAGAAGACUUUUUAGGGUGUGGACUUGCUCACAGUACGUCUUGGAGUAUGCUGACUUGCUUCAGCUUUGUACCAAUAAGUUGGAUAGGCACGAAUUAGUGUAAGUUGAGAGGGAUAUCCGUGUACAUUGUCAUUGCGGUCAACGUGAGUCACAUUUUGCAAAAAAUACUGUACCACAUCCUAGCUACUUCAAUUUGGGCAUCCGCCUUAACGGUUGUAGAUAGCGUUUUCAUAUUACUUAUAGAAUAUUUUUAUAAUAGUAGAUGCAUGCAUGGAAGUACGAGUCGAUGGCAGACUUAUGUAGUACUCUCUCAGUAUUUGGCUGCGGAAAUAGCAUUGUCAGUAGCCAGAAUCAAGUCCGGAUGGCAGGGCAAGAAGGACAAGACAUGAGGUGGUCCAUGAUUUGAGGAACAGUUCCACACUCACACUCCAAGUUGGAAUUUCCUAUGAAUCCCUGGACGAGUUUUCCUUACUCCGGUCCACCUGGAUCCAAAGCCUAUUAAGAGAUUUCCAGGUUGCCCAUGGUAACUUGAAUCCAGGAGGGAGAUUUUCAGCAAAUGGAUCGUAGGGUCCAGGAAAGGAGACUUUGCCGCCCAGUGAUGUGCCCCCAGUGGUGUUCCCAGAGUGAGAAUGUUCCCGUUGUAAUAAUUCCUUGAUAGUAGCUGCUUUUGUUGUUCAAUUUGUUCUUUCUUUUAACUCUGAUCUUAUUUGCCUAAAGGUUAGGUAAUAAAACUUUAUAUACAUAGCUAGCAUUUUACCGCCGGGAAUUUUCCCCAAGUGGGAACAUUCCCAUGAACGAUACACCACUUGAGUUCCACCAUAGUUCCACUCUGGCCUCCCUGUGCAUGGAAGUACCUAAUAAAGGUAUGUGAUAAAAUGUAAAACAAAAGUAAUCGGCGCUGAACUAGAUCCCAAAUAGUAGUCGGUGUGUAAAUGAAGUAAACGAUAAAUAUGAAAUGUGUCGUUGUGACGUUGCUAUAAGACCCACUAAUUCUGCCCAUUCGACCGGUCAUCUGCUUAUUGACAAUAUGAUGAAAAA